UUUCUUUCCGCCAGCAUCCCCGCCCCUCCUCCUCCGGCCGCCACCAGUUACGUUCGGCCAGUUGCGUUCGUGCGGCGACGUCCACGCAUUUUUUGACGUAGCGAGCGACGGCGGGGAGCGGAGCGGAAAUCCAGCACUGUUCCCGCUACAGGAGGGAGGGGUGAGAAGCGUAAGUGGGCCGGAAGUGGAAUUAAUCCGCUUACCUCUCCGGCGCCUGCGAAACAGAAAAGAGAAGGCGCCUGUCGGGCGGGGUGUGGCUUCGGGUGUCGGAGGACGCUGCGAUUGGCCCUCGGCUGUGGUGACAGCGACGAUUGGUCCCUGCGUGCAGAGCGCGGUGAGAGCGGGUGGCGGCCGUUGGAAUUCAAAAGUGGCGGGUGUGGCGCGGGGCUGGUAGCGGCAGGAGCCGCGCGAGUUCUCUACCCUGCUUCGCGAGCGGGCGAGAGAACGCGAGUCCCAGGAUCCCCGGAACCCAGUUCUUUUCCACUGCAUUACCCCGGCGCGUGUGGGACCGAGGUGGACAUGGAUCCGCAGAGGUCCCCCCUGUUGGAAGUAAAGGGGAACACAGAACUGAAGAGACCUCGGAUUAAGGCCCCUUCCCGGCUGCCUCUCUCAGGAAGCAGACUCAAGAGGAGGCCUGACCAGAUGGAAGAUGGCCUGGAGCCUGAGAAGAAACGGACAAGAGGCCUUGGUGCAACGACCAAAAUUACCACAUCCCACCCAAGAGUUCCAUCCCUCACUACAGUGCCACAGACACAAGGCCAGACCACAGCUCAAAAAGUUUCCAAGAAGACAGGACCCCGGUGUUCCACAGCUAUUGCCACAGGGUUGAAGAACCAGAAGCCAGUUCCUGCUGUUCCUGUCCAGAAGCCUGGCACAUCAGCUGUUCCUCCCAUGGCGGGAGGGAAGAAACCCAGCAAACGUCCAGCCUGGGACUUAAAGGGUCAGUUAUGUGACCUAAACGCAGAACUAAAACGCUGCCGUGAGAGGACUCAAACAUUGGACCAAGAGAACCAGCAGCUUCAGGACCAGCUCAGAGAUGCCCAACAGCAGGCCAAGGCCCUGGGGACAGAGCGCAGGACACUGGAGGGGCAUUUAGCCAAAGUACAGGCCCAGGCUGAGCAGGGCCAACAGGAGCUGAAGAACUUGCGUGCUUGUGUCCUGGAGCUGGAAGAGCGGCUGAGCACACAGGAGGGCUUGGUGCAAGAGCUUCAGAAAAAACAGGUGGAAUUGCAGGAAGAAAGGAGGGGACUGAUGUCCCAACUAGAGGAGAAGGAGAGGAGGCUGCAGACUUCAGAAGCAGCCCUGUCAAGCAGCCGAGCAGAGGUGGCAUCUCUGUGGCAGGGGACUGCGGCCCAGGCAGCCUUACUGGCUGAGCGGGAAGAACGUCUUCACGGGCUAGAAAUGGAGCGCCGGCGACUGCACAACCAGCUGCAGGAACUCAAGGGCAACAUCCGUGUAUUCUGCCGAGUCCGCCCUGUCCUUCCGGGGGAGCCCACUCCACCCCCUGGCCUCCUCCUGUUUCCCUCUGGCCCUGGUGGGCCCUCUGAUCCUCCAACCCGCCUUAGCCUCUCCCGGUCUGACGAGCGGCGUGCGACCCUGAGUGGGGCACCAGCCCCACCAACUCGCCACGAUUUUUCCUUUGACCGGGUAUUCCCACCAGGAAGUGGACAGGAUGAAGUGUUUGAAGAGAUUGCCAUGCUUGUCCAGUCAGCCCUGGAUGGCUAUCCAGUAUGCAUCUUUGCCUAUGGCCAGACAGGCAGUGGCAAGACCUUCACAAUGGAGGGUGGGCCUGGGGGAGACCCCCAGUUGGAGGGGCUGAUCCCUCGGGCCCUACGGCACCUCUUCUCUGUGGCCCAGGAGCUGAGUGGUCAGGGCUGGACCUACAGCUUUGUAGCAAGCUACGUAGAGAUCUACAAUGAGACUGUCCGGGACCUGCUGGCCACUGGAACCCGGAAGGGUCAAGGGGGCGAGUGUGAGAUUCGCCGUGCGGGGCCAGGGAGCGAGGAGCUCACUGUCACCAAUGCUCGAUAUGUCCCUGUCUCCUGUGAGAAAGAAGUGGAGGCCCUGCUUCAUCUGGCCCACCAGAAUCGGGCUGUGGCCCGCACAGCCCAGAAUGAACGGUCAUCACGCAGCCACAGUGUAUUCCAGCUACAGAUUUCUGGGCAGCACUCCAGCCGAGGCCUGCAGUGUGGGGCCUCCCUCAGUCUUGUGGACCUGGCCGGGAGUGAGCGACUUGACCCUGGCUUAGCCCUCGGCCCCGGGGAGCGGGAACGCCUUCGGGAAACACAGGCCAUUAACAGCAGCCUGUCCACGCUGGGGCUGGUUAUCAUGGCCCUGAGCAACAAGGAGUCCCACGUGCCUUACCGGAACAGCAAACUGACCUACCUGCUGCAGAACUCUCUGGGUGGUAGUGCUAAGAUGCUCAUGUUUGUGAACAUUUCUCCACUGGAAGAGAACGUCUCCGAGUCCCUCAACUCCUUACGCUUUGCCUCCAAGGUGAACCAGUGUGUUAUUGGUACUGCCCAGGCCAACAGGAAGUGAAGACGGAUCCAGAUCUUGUGUUGGGAGUGUGUGUGUGUGUCUGUAUCUGUAUGUGUAUGUAUUGGGUGAGGGGUGGGAGGGUUGCUGGAGGGUGCUUUAUUGGGUGGAGGGCACCAUGUCCCAGGGCUAUCAAAUAAAGAAUAGUGUUUUUUAAAUAAAUGUUUAUCUGCCCAAGAAGGCAGAUAUCUUCAUAUCUGUAAA